UUGACAAUAUAAAAUGUAGCACUCCUCUUUUGGAUUGGAUCGGUUCAUCUCUGCAACAAGCAAACUCCCUUCUCGUCUUUCAUCCAACAACACUCAAAUCAUCAUGUCUCUCUUCGAACCCGCACCCGAGCCAGCCACUGAGCUCGGCAGACUGCGCAUCCUGUCUUCUACCGCUGGUGUUCGUGUCUCUCCCCUCCAGCUAGGAGCUAUGUCGAUUGGUGAUGCAUGGUCCAGCUUCAUGGGUAGCAUGGACAAGAAGCAGUCAUUUGCUCUUCUCGAUGCUUUCGUGGAAGCCGGUGGCAACUUCAUUGAUACCGCCAACAACUACCAAAAUGAGCAGUCUGAGCAAUGGCUCGGCGAGUGGAUGAAGGAGCGUGGCAACCGUGAUCAGAUGGUCAUCGCCACAAAGUUCACUACCGACUACAAGGGCUACGCUCUGGGCAAGGGUAAGGCUGCCAACCACUGUGGUAACCACAAGCGGAGUCUGUUCAUGUCCGUCCGUGAUUCUCUAGCCAAGCUCCAGACCGACUUCAUUGACAUCCUCUACCUCCACUGGUGGGAUCACACCACUUCCAUCGAGGAGAUUAUGGACUCUCUGCACAUCCUUGUCGAGCAAGGCAAGGUCAUGUACCUCGGUAUCUCAGACAGCCCCGCAUGGGUUGUGUCAGCAGCAAACUACUACGCCAAAGCACACGGCAAGACCCCCUUCUCCAUCUACCAAGGCCGGUGGAACAUCAUGCUCCGUGAUUUCGAGCGCGAGAUCAUCCCCAUGGCCCGUCACUUCGGUAUGGCUCUCGCCCCCUGGGAUGUCCUCGGUGGCGGCAAGUUCCAAACCAAGGCUGCCAUUGAAGAGCGCAAGAAGAACGGCGAAGGUCUCCGCAGCAUGAUGGGAGGCGAGCAAACGGAAGAGGAAGUCAAGAUGUCGGCCGCUCUGGAAGAAGUCGCCAACGAGCACAACGUCUCCCUCACAGCCGUCGCACUCGCCUACGUCAUGUCCAAGACCAUCAACGUAUUCCCUCUGGUCGGUGGCCGCAAGGUCGAGCAUCUCAAGGACAACAUCAAGGCUUUGAGCAUCAAGCUGUCAGACGAGCAGAUCAAGAAGUUGGAAGGUGUCAAGUCUUUCGACCCUGGAUUCCCCAACACCUUCAUCGGCGAGGAUCCCAAGAUCUCUGGACAGCCCAACUUCUUGCUCGGUGCCUCUGCCUCGAUUGCAUGGCAGAAGGCAGCCAAGCCUAUCGGUCACGAGUAA